AUGGAGGCUCACCAGAGUGAACACAUGUCUGAUAAAGUAAGAUUUGAUUGGACACAGAGCUGAUAAGGAGUGCUGAUCGGUUGCAGGGGGAACACAGGCAGAGCUUAAAUAAUAAUGGUGGGUGGACUGACUGACUGAGCUAUGCUCUGAGUAGAAGGUACAUUGAUAUGCAGCAGGUGAGGCCACUGCAGGUUGAGCUGGAGGUUAGCAGACAGUCACAGAAAGAAAACAUUGAAACACGUCCAAUAUCUUUCUGUCUCAAUGGCCCCACGAUCUUGCUCUCUCUAUUUCGGUCUCUUUCUCUCUCCCUCUCUCACUCUCUCCCCGCUUGUGUAUUUCUCUCCCUGUACUGUACUUCUCCGUAGUUUAUAUUCUGUCAUAUUAAACAACAAGACACUUUACACUGGCUGACAUGUUCUCAUUAGGCACACAUGCGCAUACACACACACACACACACACACACACACUGAUGUUUGGCUGAAUGGUGAAUAAGAGCUUGGUUGUGCUGCCUGGGGCUGAGGCACCAUUACUCCUCAUACAGUACACUCAGGGUCUGCAGUCUGUCUUUGUGCUUUACAAGGAGUCAUUUAUCCAGCACAGUUAGUGCAGUAGGCAUGGCUGCUCAUACACCCCUCUAUCUCCCCAUCUACCCCCACUUCAGAGCUUCUCAUUGGGGGAGGAGAGGGGGAAGGAGAGGGGAGGUGUGGGUGAUAUUAUGGAGGUGUGAGUGAUGUUAUGACUGCAGCAUCAGUCUUGUUAUGGCUGUGUGUGGAGGGUGAUUUUUGGAGUGACUGACAGCAGGGAGACCAUUGUUUCUCUGCUCCUGAACAACAGCUCUAAGGAGGGAAGCCAGGAGGGCUGGGGAGGAAACACACAUACACACACACUAUGCAAACUCACUAAUAAAUGCACUGAAAGACCCCAUUGUCUAGCCAUCUCAGAGAUUGUCUCAUUUGCUGCGGGAUUAUUAAUCGCUUUGGGUUUUGAAAUAGAUUACAUUCCCUUUGAUAACUGGUGGAAAUUAACAAAAACUAUUAAAUAAAUUAUUUCAGGGGCCAUCUGCAAAAAUUGCUCCAAUAAUGAAAACACAGGCAUAUCUGCCGGAAUGUCCCUGUUAAUUAAAACUUCUAUUCAAACAUCAGAGGAACAGCUUAAUAUUGAAGCGGAGGGCAUUCUUCUACUGUUCUUUCACUCUGUAAUGAUAGUAAUGUAAUGGACUAUUUUCUCUAUGUCCUCUCUCCUCUUCCAGAGGGUCUCUGUGGAUUGAAAUACCCCCAUGACUGGAGGGCCUGAUGACUAAGAGAUGUGGUCGUGAUCUCAGUUCCACUGGCAGAGCUUUUCAUUAAGCAAGGUGGGCUCAUUAUACCUGCUUCACACUGACACUCCUAUCUGCAGGGUCCUAUUGAUCAACAUCACUUCCAGAUACUGUAGAUAUACUGCGUUAGCUUUACAUCUUCACAUUAAGGCUACUUCUUAAGAGUUAAGCUUUAAGGAGCAAUUCAGCAUGAAUGAAUGUCUAGAGUGAACACAGAUUUUCAUCAAGUCAAAUUAAUUUAUUGUGUUAGAGGUUUCAUGAUGUUUGUAUCUAAGAUUGUUCUAUACAUCAGUUGGGGUCUCUAUAAACUUCGAUAUGAGGACCUAAACAUAGCAUGAAAGUGCGUCCUUGUAGCAGUGUGGGCUAAUAUAGUCAAAAUGUUUGGGUAAGUUGAGCCAUUGGGUAAAUUGAGCCAACGGCAAGUUGAAGUGUUUUCUUCCCAGGCAUAAUGCAAAGCAUUAUCACUGGGAUAUGAAGUAACAACCGGGCCUGGCCUAUGUUAAAAAAAGUACAAAGUGUUUGUUAGGUGUUAAGUCUGUGUUAAAAGAGGAUUAAAAGACCAAAAAGUGAUUGUGUUGAAUUUUGUUUGGGAAAUAAAGAUAGACAUGGUUUUAAAAAGGUAGUGGAAAUAUUUCAUUCAGUACAGAAGUUUGUAGGCGGCUGAACUUACCCGUCCCGCGACUCAGUUUACCCCAUACCUGGGGUAAGUUGUCCCAAGAGACCACUUUUUUGGGACAAGCUAUGUUUUCAAAACUGUAAUGUUGACAUGAAGUCUGAUUAUUUCCAGGGAUACACAACAUUCUGAAAUGUAUGUAGAUAUCUUUGUUAGAAAGAACACUAUAUUUGUGUGAGAGUGAUGCUGAAUGUAAAAAAUAGGGUUGGGCGGUAUCCAGAUUUUCAUAUCUUCAUACCUUCCUUCUCUCCCAAAAGAAUAACAAAAAAGCCCAUUGGGCGUCUGUUAUUGUGAAGUGGAAACGUUUAGGAGCAACAACGGCUAAGCCGCGAAGUGGUAGGCCAUAUAAACUCACAGAACGGGACCGCCGAGUGCUGAACCGUGCAGCACGUAACAAUCGUCUGUCCUCACUACCGAGUUCCAAACUGCCUCUGGAAGCAACAUCAGCACAAGAACUGUUCGUCGGGAGCUUUGUGAAAUGGGUUUUCAUGGCUGAGCAGCCGCACACAAGCCUAAGAUCACCAUGCGCAAUGCCAAGCGUCGGCUGGAGUGGUGUAAAGCUCGCUGCCAUUGGACUCUGGAGCAUUGGUUCUCUGGAGUGAUGAAUCACGCUUCACCAUCUGGCAGUCCAACGGACUAAUCUGGGUUUGGCGGAUGCCAGGAGAACGCUACCUGCCCCAAUGCAUAGUGCCAACUGUAAAGUUUGGUGGAUGAGGAAUAAUGGUCUGGGGCUGUUUUUCAUGGUUCGGACUAGGCCCCUUUGUUCCAGUGAAGGGAAAUCUUAACAGCAUACAAUGACAUUCUAGACGAUUCUGUGCUUCCAACUUUGUGGCAACAGUUUGGGGAAGGCCCUUUCCUGUUUCAGCAUGACAAUGCCCCCGUGCACAAAGCGAGGUCCAUACAGAAAUGGUUUGUCGAGAUCAGUGUGGAAGAACUUGACUGGCCUGCACAGAGCCCUGACCUCAACCCCAUCGAUCACCUUUGGGAUGAAUUGGAAUGCCGACUGCGAGCCAGGCCUAAUCGCCCAACAUCAGUGCCUGACCUCACUAAUGCUCUUGUGGCUGAAUGGAAACAAGUCCCAACAUCUAGUGGAAAGCCUCCCCAGAAGAGUGGAGGUUGUUAUAGCAGCAAAGGGUGGACCAACUUCAUAUUAAUGCCCAUGAUUUUGGAAUGAGAUGUUCGACGAGCACAUACUUUUGGCCAUAAUAGUGUAACUCAUCCAAAGGGCUUUGACUUCUCAAACACAGUAGAAAGCAAACACAAUAUGAUGAUCCGUCACUUUAUUAAUUAAGCUACUUACUUAGAUAACUAGCAAGUUAAACUUAGCGGUUGCGUUAACGCAGAAUUCACGCAGGAAAAAAAGAUAAAACGCAUAAGAAAUAUCUUGCUGCGUUUUGUAAACGCAGAUCUAAAAUGCUUCUUAUUGUAAUUUCUGCUCGGCAUCAAACUAAUUUAGUGCUUCAGUUGCACUUCUCCACUUGGAUGAGAAUUCAUGUAUCAGCAGACAGAGUUCUGACUGAUGUGUAGCUACCUUUUCCAGUACUUUUGUCAGUGUAGCCAGCCUACUUCUCCGGUAAAUUGCAAGAUUAACUUUAAGCGAAACAUUAGGUAAUGAAGCUGGCUACAUUAUUUUUAUGAUAAACAUCGGAGAUAUCGUUUUUUGGAAAAAAUACCUUGCUUUUUAAUUGUAAACUAAUUUACUUGUGUGGCUGCCAGCCAAAUAGCGUUGCACUUCUGUUGAAGCUAUUUUCUGCCGAAUGUGUUGCACUAAUAUUUCUGUGAAGGAAAACUAUAGUUGCACUAUAGUUUACAUUAUGCAAUAAUCCAAGAUGAACACGAUCUGCUUGAUUUUCUUAUGUCUUACACAAGAUGACUGCAGGUAUUUACUUAAAAAUUAGCUACACAUAUAUACAGUGGGGAGAACAAGUAUUUGAUACACUGCCAAUUUUGCAGGUUUUCCUACUUACAAAGCAUGUAGAGGUCUGUAAUUUUUUAUCAUAGGCACACUUCAACUGUGAGAGACUGAAUCUAAAACAAAAAAAUCCAGAAAAUCACAUUGUAUGAUUUUUAAGUAAUUAAUUUGCAUUUUAUUGCAUGACAUAAGUAUUUGAUCACCUACCAACCAGUAAGAAUUCCGGCUCUCACAGACCUGUUAGUUAUUCUUUAAGAAGCCCUCCUGUUCUCCACUCAUUACCUGUAUUAACUGCACCUGUUUGAACUCGUUACCUGUAUAAAAGACACCUGUCCACACACUCAAUCAAACAGACUCCAACCUCUCCACAAUGGCCAACACCAGAGAGCUGUGUAAGGACAUACAAUUGUAGACCUGCACAAGGCUGGGAUGGGCUACAGGACAAUAGGCAAGCAGCUUGGUGAGAAGGCAACAACUGUUGGCGCAAUUAUUAGAAAAUGGAAGAAGUUCAAGAUGACGGUCAAUCACCCUCGGUCUGGGGCUCCAUGCAAGAUCUCACCUCGUGGGGCAUCAAUGAUCAUGAGGAAGGUAGGGGAUCUGCCCAGAACUACACAGCAGGACCUGGUCAAUGACCUGAAGAGAGCUGGGACCACAGUCUCAAAGAAAACCAUUAGUAACACACUACGCCGUCAUUGAUUAAAAUCCUGCAGCGCACGCAAGGUCCCCCUGCUCAAGCCAGCGCAUGUCCAGGCCCGUCUGAAGUUUGCCAUCUGUGACCAUCUGGAUGAUCCAGAGGAGGAAUGGGAGAAGGUCAUGUGGUCUGAUGAGACAAAAAUAGAGCUAUUUGGUCUAAACUCCACUCGCCGUGUUUGGAGGAAGAAGAAGGAUGAGUACAACCCCAAGAACACCAUCCCAACCGUGAAGCAUGGAGGUGGAAACAUCAUUCUUUGGGGAUGCUUUUCUGCAAAGGGGACAGGACGACUGCACCGUAUUGAGGGGAGGAUGGAUGGGGCCAUGUAUCGCGAGAUCUUGGCCAACAACCUCCUUCCCUCAGUAAGAGCAUUGAAGAUGGGUCGUGGCUGGGUCUUCCAGCAUGACAACGUCCCGAAACACACAGCCAGGGCAACUAAGGAGUGGCUCCGUAAGAAGCAUGUUAAGGUCCUGGAGUGGCCUAGCCAGUCUCCAGACCUGAACCCAAUAGAAAAUCUUUGGAGGGAGCUGAAAGUCCGUAUUGCCCAGCGACAGCCCCGAAACCUGAAGGAUCUGGAGAAGGUCUGUAUGGAGGAGUGGGCCAAAAUCCCUGCUGUAGUGUGUGCAAACCUGGUCAAGACCUACAGGAAACAUAUGAUCUCUGUAAUUGCAAACAAAGGUUUCUGUACCAAAUAUUAAGUUCUGCUUUUCUGAUGUAUCAAAUACUUAUGUCAUGCAAUAAAAUGCAAAUUAAUUACUUAGAAAUCAUACAAUGUGAUUUUCUGGAUUUUUGUUUUAGAUUCCCUCUCACAGUUGAAGUGUACCUAUGAUAAAAAUUACAGACCUCUACAUGCUUUGUAAAUAGGAAAACCUGCAAAAUCGUCUGUGUAUCAAAUACUUGUUCUCCCCACUGUAUUUAUUAUUAUUUUGUGUGAAAACCUUCAAAUAAAUAGUUUCAAUGGUAUUGUAAAACCAUCCCGUGGCUAUUUGCAAGUACCCCGGUAUACGGUAUACCGCCCAAGCCUAGUAAAAAAUUGCUCAACUCUUCCCUAUAUGCACCUGAAGACAUUUUGUCACUACAAACGUUUGAGCUGAGCACGCCAAUUUCUCUUUUGAUAAAAAAUGCAUACCUCAUCAAUCUACAUGGUUCUAUUAGUCAAAGUAAAACUUGAAGGCCUCUGUGUUCAUCUAGUCUGGACUGAGACAAAACGGUUGUGGAAAAAACUCUGUCUUUGUGAGCUGUGUCUUGAGUUGACAUUAUGCAAUAAUCCAAGAUGAAUGUAUUCCUAGUCAGUCAGUGUGAAUUGACUGUAUUCCUGUACCACUGACUUAGCACCUGAAAAUACUUUGUUUAUUUCUUACUAAUCUUGUGACUAGUGAGUUUCUUCAUCUUCUGCUCUCCUCUCAUCAGAUGUCAACGACCACAGAAAAUGGAGUGGGAGGGUCUCGGAACACAAGCGGAGAGAAAACAUACAAGAAGGUAAAGUUUCAUCCCUCCAUACUGACUCACUCUCUGGAUGGAUUUUAUUGGCCUUUUAUGAGAACCAUGAAGGGAGGUUUCACAGUGAUUGUUGUUGGAAUGAAUUCCCAUUCAUCACUAUGAUGAAGUCCAAGAAGCCUUCACCUUUGAUGUCCAUUUAAUAUCCUGCUUCUACACAGUUAGUACAUUAUGUCCUGACCUUGCAGAUAUAGCAUGCCUGGGAAGCCAUGCUCACAGUCCAUUUGCUGCUUUACUGUAUUUUCAUUUGGAUUAGACAUCACUGGUGGUGAUGGGAUUUUGGCACACACAAUGUAACAGGGCUUAUUGCAAAAAAUUGCAGGCUAUUUGAAACAUCUAGGUAAUUCAUUUGACAUUUUCAGAGCUAUUGAAGCUAUGUAACAGUGUCAUUUGUCAAAAUAACCUCCCAUCUUGGCAUCAACUGGCUUUCAAUGUCAUUACUGUAACGUGCUUGUUUCAGAGAAUCUGACAUUGUUUUCUGACUGUAUUGUAUAUUCCUGAACGCCCAUCUUACACUGACCUAUACAAAACAUGCCUCAGUUCUUAGUACAGUAUCUCAGAAGUUAGUACCAUUCUGUUCUAGGGAAUUUGCUACCUUCUUGCCCUUUUGAGUUUACGCCUCUUUGUAAAAAGCACCAUACAAAGAAACAUGUAAUUGAUCAAUUGAUUGGUUGAUUGAUUGGUUGAUUGGUUGAUUGGUGUGUUUGGUUGUCCCUCACCCUCAGACCACGUCGUCAGCCCUGAAAGGGGCUAUCCAGUUGGGCAUCGGCUACACGGUGGGCAACCUGACCUCCAAACCUGACAGAGAUGUUCUCAUGCAGGACUUCUACGUCGUGGAGAGCGUCUUCCUGCCCAGGUGAGGAGCAGGGACAUUACUGAUGAUUAUAGUGAUGCUACCACAGGAGGUUGGUGGCACCUUAAUUGGGGAGGACAGGUUCAUGGCAAUGGCUGGAGCGGAAUAAGUGGGAUGGUAUCAAAUACAUCAAACACAUAGUUUCCAUGUGUUUGAUGCCAUUCCAUUAGCUCCAUUCAAGAAAUUAUUAUGAGCCGUCCUCCCUUCAGCAGCCUCCACUGGAUGCUACAGAUGUAGGAUAUUAAUUUGAUCACCCUGUUGCAGGAGAACUUCACUGCAAUGCUGACAACGUCUUAACUUUAGCUAAUUUGUAUUCAUUAUUAAAGGAAAAUAAACUCACAACAAGAUCCUUAUUUACAAGUUAAUGGCGAGCUAAUUACAGAAAAUAGCUUACGGUUGUGAGUGUGACGAAAUAAAAGCAGGGCAUUCUACCGGAGAAUUUUAGAACUUGGACACUGUCUCGUUGGCCUAACGUUAUAUCCUAAUUUGACUUUGGUGCAGGUCAUGUUGUUUUUUACAUUACCAUAAACACACACUAUAUCAAAUAAAAUCAACGUUUAUUUGUCACAUCCACAGGAUACAGAAGGUGUAAAUGGUACAUUGAAAUGGUUACUUGCAUAGUGAAGUCUUUUGUUUAGACAUGUAGCUAGCUAGCUAAACAAUAAACCAUAAUCCCAACUCAUAACGUUACUACCCUGCAUGAAUCUGUAGCUAAAGCUAACCAACUAGGUUCAAUGUUAGCUAGCUAGCUAACAUUGGGCUAUAACUAGCAAUGCAAAUGGCUCUGAGAGACAAAUAAUAUUAUUACACAGAUCAUACACGUAACGUUAGCUAGUGAGCCAGCCAGCUAACGUUAGCUAGCUAGCUAGCAGUACGCUUUAACUUGCAAUGAAAAUGACUUUCUGACAAAAUUAGAAACGUAUAAUAUCUGAAAAUGUAGCUAGCUAGACUAUCUUACCCGUAUACUUGGAUGAACGCUUCUCCCUCUCUGUCACAGAUGCCAUGGUUGCCCUUAGUUUGAAGAUGUAAUUCGGAGGCAGGUGUUCUAUACAUAACAGUCUUCUGUGUGUUCUCUUUUCAACCCCCUCUGCAUAUAUGUAAUCAAACGGCAGAAUUUUCUCCAGCAGUGAGCCUGUGAAUGAAAAGAGGAACACAGGUUGAGCUCAAUCUGUCUGCUAGCUGAAAUAGGAAAGCUUCAUGUCUAGAUCGCUUCAUGAGACAAGAGGGGGGAGGCGUUCUCCUUAAACAGUAAUGAUGCACAGAGAGAGAUGGAUUCCCAGGGUUCAUAUCCCAAAGAAUAGAAAGACGCAUCUAUCAUUUAACAUGAGUGUGAAUCAGCUAGAUGAAGUCAUGGUAUGCGGACCCAGUCUCUCUAGUGGAUUGAAUACCCAAGACCCUGGGAAUCAGCUUACUGUGUCACUUAAUGCCAGAGUACAAAACAUACUGCGUGCCGUGCCUGGGCCAUACAAUCAUCUAUCUUAAUAAUCAUCAGCUUAAAGAAACACCUUACAUAACCCAGCACACACCUAGGAAUACUCACGCACGCACACACACACACACACAUGCAUACAAACACACGCAAGCACACAAACGCGCACAUACACACAAACAAACAAACACACACACACAGCGCGCAAUAGAUGAUAUUAUUAAUGCCAUCAGACCACGUCACUUGGUCAUGCACUGUUUGAAUAAGCUUCUCGUCUAUGUUGAGUAUGUCUCACAAAUUUUGCUCAAGAUCUAGAGCAGGGGUGUCAAACUAAUUUUGCCCAGGGGCCGCAUUCGGUCUUCAACGAGGUCCGGAGGGCCGCACUGAAAAUGUGUUAUUAUUUCCUUGCUGUCAAAAUGUGCAUAGAAAUAGUCCUCUAUCCAUCGUUUUUGGAAUUUUAGAUGCUUCCUGACUGUCUAGCUUUCAUUUCGGUGAUUAUUAGUGAGGUGGACACAGUCAAGAAACUGUAUGAAUGUAGGUCCAUUAUCAUUUCUACACAGUUUCGAUUAGUUUUUAGUUAUUUUUAAGUAUACUGAUUUUGUUUAUCCCAGCCCCAAAAAUAUUAUUGUUAUUAUUUAUUUAUUUUUAUUCAAACCACCCGCGGGCCGGAUUGGACCCAAUCAGGCCCGCGGCCGUAUGUUUGACGCCCCUGAUCUAGAGAAUCUGUUACCGACCACAAUGAACAAAAAAUUCAACAAACCUCUCCCCAAAUGAAAAACAGAAAAUCACCAGAGAAUUUCAACCUCUUGAUUGGCCAGCCUCUUUCCCUUCCAAGCCCUGCAGAGACUUGGACUAGGAAAUGCUUUCUGCGUGUCACUUUCCAAAUGGCACAUCAGCACAUGCAAAGUCUGUCCUUCAAUUGAAACUGGGCAUGCUUUCAGUUUAGACUGUUUCACCAUCAUUAUGCUAAUUUCAAUAUACAGUGAGUAUACCAAAUAUUAGGAACACCUUCCUAAUAUUGAGUUGCACCCCCCCAUUUUGCCCUAAGAAUAGCCUCAAUUCGUCGGGGCAUGGACUCUACAAGGUGUCGAAAGCUUCCCACAGUUGGCUGGAUGUCCUUUGGGUGGUGGACCAUUCUUGAUACACCGGUAACUGUUGAGCGUGAAAAACCCAGCAGCGUUGCAGUUCUUGACACAAACCGGUGCGCCUUGCACCUACUACCAUACCCCGUUCAAUCUUUAGUCUUGCACAUUCACCCUCUGAAUGGCACCCUUACACAAUCCAUGUCUCAAUUGUCUCAAGGCUUAAAAAUCCUUAUUUUACCUGUCUCCUCCCCUUCAUCUACACUAAUUGAAGUGGAUUUAACAAGUGACAUCAAUAAGGGAUCAUAGCUUUCACCUGGAUUCACCUGGUCAGUCUAUGUCAUGGAAAGAGCAGGUAUUCUUUAUGUUUUGUAGACUCAGUGUAUAUACUGCAGGGUAAUGUGAUGUUAGGUAAAUUACUCUACUGGACACAGGUGCAAUAGCCAUCCCAGAAUGUUGAAAUUAACAAGUUUUCUCUUUCUCUUCAUGGGCAUCUUUUGACUCAGAGGGCAGGUGACAAUGACAACACUGGAGAGACCAGGUGUUUUAACCUCUGCUAGAAGAGACAAGACUCCAGGGAGGAAAAACAAACAAAACAAAAUGAGUGGAGGAGGAAGGUUAAGCCAUGACGUGACUACAGGCAUACAGUAACAGGACAGCAGUCUCUCCAUCUCUCUCUCUCCCUCCCCCCUCUCUCUCAACUGAGAGACACAGGACUGAGUGACCGACAGAGAGCGCUUAGAGGUGGUCCUCCUCCACUUCCCUCAUCUGCAAGGGUUCCCUUUACUCUACUUGCCAGGCUGGCUUUGGACGCCUGUACUUCUCAGACAUUUUCUGACUCCCACAUUGUUUAUCUGGUGUAACUUGUCUAGUCUUAUUUUCUCUAAAAGUACACUAUGAAAGACACUGUCAUAUCUGUGUGCAGUUGUGUUCUCCUUAGUCUAAAUGGUUCUAAUAUGAGGCCUUUCACUCACAGCAGGCAGGCAGCACAUAGCUCUGUGCAGCUGGAGGUCAUUCUCCUUGCUACACACACUAAAUGAGCAGUGUAAUGUCAUUCAGGUGUAGGCUGAUAAUAACACCUAUUGUGUUACACAGCAGAGCCAGGUUGUAGCUUAUCCUGUUGCUGAUGGAAAGCACUGCGGUACAGCUCAACAUCUUAGCCAAGUCAGGUUCCAAAAACCUGGUUUUGAAAGCAGGUUGGCGUUGAGAUGCCCUGGAAAACAAAGCCUUGUUAACCCACUUUUAAUGGAUUUAGAUUUAGGGUGCAGUGUGCAUUUGGGGUGUUGUUAUUCUCUAAAAGAUGUAUAGGAGCAUCUGGAGCUAAGCUAAUCACCCAGCAGACCCCCUGUGUUCUGUUCCACCUGGCAAAGCUACAGGUUCAUGUUAAAAUGGGUCAGUCUUUACAUGAGCCAUGCCAGUAUCUCAUAUAGUAGAAAGAGAAAGAAAGUAAAACAGAAAUGUGUCUUAUGUAGUCUCUCUCUCUCUCUUUCAUUGGACACAGAGCUCAUAUCAUCAUAGUGCUAGUCUCCUGUGUUGUAUGGUGUUGUGUUGUAUUGUAAGGUGUUGUAUGGUGUGGUGUUGUAUUGUGUUGUAAGGUGUUGUAUGGUAUUGUAUUGUGUUGUAUAGGUAUUGUUUAGGGUAAUCAGAGCCAUGCUCUCUCUCCAGGCUCUGACCUCUAAACAGGGCUGUGUGCCACUGGAAUACCGGUUCAUCUGGCUUGCCAUCAUGGGUUACUGUACUAAAGUCAAUACACACGGAGGUGUGUCGCGUUACUUCAUGCCACGCUGAAUGGAACUGAAUGGGCUGAAUGCUCUGACAUGAAGAUGUGUUCUAGUUAUAGACCCCCCCCUCCCUCUUUGCUGAGAGUGUGUGAUAAUUGUUUGCAAAAUGUGUUUGUGAGGAUAUUCUAACUAACUGUUCUGUGUCUAUGUUGUCCGGUUGGUCUUGUUUCCAUCAGCGAAGGGAGCAACCUAACACCGGCGCACCACUACCCAGACUUUCGCUUCAAAACCUACGCCCCGCUGGCGUUCCGCUACUUCCGAGAGCUCUUCGGGAUCAAACCAGAUGACUACCUGGUAGGUCUAAACACUGCACCUGAUCGAGACACAUCCUAUAGGUUAGAGUUCAUCCUACCUAUCAUGUACAGUAGCUUUCUCCAAUCAACUCAUUGGGAUCAGUGGUGACUAAAGUGUAUUUUAUACGUUUACAUGUAAACAUUUUAGUAAUUUAGCAGACGCUCUUAUCCAGAGCGACUAACAGGAGCAAUUAGGGUUAAGUGCCUUGCUCAAGGCACAUCGACAGAUUUUUCACCUAGUCAGCUCGGGGAUUCGAACCAGCGACCUGUUGAGCUCUUAACCGCUAGACUACCUGCCACCCCGUGAGAGCAGUGGUUUUACCCUGUUCUACGUAUCCAGCUGUGGAGUUUACUGGCGCGGUAUAUCAGGAGUAUCAGGAGUUUACCCCUUGCUGACCGAUCCAACUCAGGAGGCAUGUCAGAGAGAGAGGCCCUUCAGGUCAAAGUCAUUACCACUCUCUAUUAUUCUGCUGUCAUUAUCACUGGAACAGGUAGAGCAGAGGAGAAUACACCAUGGAGUUUCAAUAUGCAGUACUACCAUACAGUAUAUACAGUAUAUAUACAGUUGAAGUCGGAAGUUUACAUACACUUAGGUUGGAGUCUUAAAACUCAUUUUUCAACCACUCCACACAUUUAUUGUUAACAAACUAUAGUUUUGGCAAGUCAGUUAGGACAUCUACUUUGUGCAUGACACAAGUAAUUUUCCAAACAAUUGUUUACAGACAGAUUAUUUCACUUAUAAUUCACUGUAUCACAAUUCCAGUGGGUCAGAAGUUUACAUACACUAAGUUGACUGUGCCUUUAAACAGCUUGGAAAAUUCCAGAAAAUGAUGUAAUGGCUUUAGAAGUUUCUGAUAGGCUAAUUGACAUCAUUUGAGUCAAUUGGAGGUGUACCUGUGGAUGUAUUUCAAGGCCUACCUUCAAACUCAGUGUCUCUUUGGUUGACAUCAUGGGAAAAUGAAAAGAAAUCAGCCAAGACCUCAGAAAAAGAAUUGUAGCCUCCACAAGUCUGGUUCAUCCUUGGGAGCAAUUUCCAAACAUCUGAAGGUACCACCUUCAUCUGUACAAACAAUAGUACACAAGUAUAAACACCAUGGGACCACGCAGCCGUCAUACCGCUCAGGAAGGAGACACGUUCUGUCUCCUAGAGAUGAACAUACUUUGGUGCGAAAAAUGCAAACAGCAAAGGACCUUGUGAAGAUGCUGGAGGAAACAGGUACAAAAGUAUCUAUAUCCACAGUAAAACGAGUCCUAUAUCGACAUAACCUGAAAGGCCGCUCAGCAAGGAAGAAGCCACUGCUCCAAAACCGCCAUAAAAAAGCCAGACUACAGUUUGCAACUGCACAUGGGGACAAAGAUCAUACUUUUUGGAGAAAUGUCCUCUGGUCUGAUGAAACAAAAAUAGAACUGUUUGGCCAUAAUGACCAUUGUUAUGUUUGGAGGAAAAAGGGGGCAGCUUGCAAGCCGAAGAACACCAUCCCAACUGUGAAGCACGGGGGUGGCAGCAUCAUGCUGUGGGGGUGCUUUGCUGCAGGAGGGACUGGUGCACUUCACAAAAUAGAUGGCAUCAUGAGGAAGGAAAAUGAUGUGGAUAUAUUGAAGCAACAUCUCAAGACAUCAGUCAGGAAUUUAAAGCUUGGUCGCAAAUGGGUCUUCCAAAUGGACAAUGACCCCAAGCAUACUUCCAAAGUUGUGGCAAAAUGGCUUAAGGACAACAAAGUCAAGGUAUUGGAGUGGCCAUCACAAAGCCCUGACCACAAUCCUAUAGAAAAUGUGUGGGCAGAACUGAAAAAGCGUGUGCGAGCAAGGAGGCCUACAAACCUGACUCAGUUACACCAGCUCUGUCAGGGGGAAUGGGCCAAAAUUCACCCAACUUAUUGUGGGAAGCUUGUGGAAGGCUACCCAAAACGUUUGACCCAAGUUAAACAAUUUAUAGGCAAUGCUACCAAAUACUAAUUGAGUGUAUGUAAACUUCUGACCCACUUGGAAUAUGAUGAAAGAAAGAAAAGCUGAACUAAAUCAUUCGCUCUACUAUUAUUCUGACAUUUCAUAUUCUUAAAAUAAAGUGGUGAUCCUAACUGACCUAAGACAGGGAAUUUUUACUAGGAUUAAAUGUCAGGAAUUGUGAAAAACUGAGUUUAAAUGUAUUUGGCUAAGGUGUAUGUAAACCUCCGACUUCAACUGUACAUAUAUCAUACUGUAUGCUGUCUAUAUCUAUAUAUUAUUCCACUCACACUUAUCAUUUGAAAUUAUUUUCUACCAUUCUUUUCUAUUAUGCCCAUAGCUUUAUGUUUUGUAUUCACGCUCUUUACUUCAAGGCUGUUGCACCCAGCCUCACCACAGCUCUUAUGAAUGUCCUGCCACUUUCUGCAUUCAUCAUCAGUCAUCAUUGCUAGCAGACAAAAGGGUACACGACAAGCAAAGAAAGAGUGAAAGCCAGAGAAAGGCAGACUGAAAGAGGGAGAGAGACUGAAGGGUGAAGCAAACGCUGUCUUAAUGUGUGUCCUUGUGUUGAUUAUGCAUUUAUUCAGAGACCGAAGCAACAAAUCAGCUUAAUUAAGACAGAACACACACUCUCUCACUCAUAGACACAAACACACACUACCCCCCAGGCUCCUGAAUGCAAAUGCAGAUAAAUUGCGGAUGUGUUCGUGCUGUGGGCUCAACGUGAUUGCAGACUGCCAUCAGUCAGAGAGUCUGUGGAGAAUCCCAUGCCUUCUCUCUCUCUCUCUCUCUCUCUCUCUCUCUCUCAGAACACACAGCGCUGUUUCCCUUCUACUGCACUUAUCAUGAAAAACUAGUGUUUAAUGAACACACCACUUCUGCCUUUCCUCACUGACUUCCCCUAUUCCUUUGAUUUCCACACAGAGGGGGUUCUAUGUUAGACUAGGGCUUUUCUGUUCAUAUGAAGAAUAACACAAGAGAUGUUCUUGGAACGGUUGUUGUACGUAGGCUCUAUUGCCAGAGGCUCAUCUCAUGUAAGCUAAACUGGAAAUGUUAUUUUGUGUACAGACAUGGGCUUUGUUUGUGAAGGUACAACUGAUAAACACACCCACAUGCUGGUGGAAACAAUACAUUCACCCCGUGCUCUGAGGCUUAUUGCUGGUCUUAGAUGAGCUCUGUGGAAGCAAUAAAGCUAAAUAUGUGGUUUGUAAAAGCUGAAUGAAUCUCCAACUACAAUACUGAUGCCACACCCUCACUGAACUAUUGACCACCUGUCUAAAGACACUCCUAGCAAAACAGACCUUUCACUCAGUUUGUAACGUGUGUGUGUGUGUGUGAGAGUUAGGGUGUGUGUGAGAGUUAGGGUGUGUGUGAGAGGUAGGGUGUGUGUGUGAGGUAGGGGGUGUGCGUGUGUGCGUGGGUGAGUGUUAAUGAUAUACCGCGCCAGAAAAGCCACUCAAGCAUCUUUGAAUGAAUGAAACAGUAUGUUUGUUUUCCAGACCACCCCAAUUGGAAUACAAGUUUUUUAACCACACAAUAAACAACGGUGGUGUGUUAGUUGUUUGUCCAUGGUAUAAGUUGUGCUUUAUAAAUCAGGAGAGAACUUUAUUUUCCUGAGGAUGUUUCCCAGGAUUAGACAGCUCGUUCAAUGGCACAAACAGAUCUGCGACUAGGUUAUGGUUGUACAGGCAUACCUCACCAGUUGUAUUGUGUUGUUGUUUUUACAGGCAUAUUAAACCAGUUAUAUUGUGUGUUGUUGUUUACUAAACCAGUUGUGUUGUUGUUUUUCUCCUCAGUACUCUAUCUGUAAUGAGCCUCUGAUUGAGCUGUCCAACCCCGGGGCCAGCGGCUCUCUGUUCUACCUUACCAGCGAUGACGAGUUCAUCAUCAAAACUGUCCAGCACAAAGAGGCAGAGUUUCUCCAGAAACUACUCCCAGGUUACUACAUGGUGAGUAACCUACCCAACCUGGUCUGCGUUCUCUAUAUAGUGCACUACUAUUGACCUGGGCCCAUAGAGCUCUGUUCAAAAGUAGUGCGCUAAAUAGGGUAUAGGGUGUCAUUUCUGGUCUCAGGCCUUUAAACAGUGGAAUAAAACUGAUGUUUAAGGUUUGGGAUUAAUGGUUAACUGAGUAUCCAGAGCUAUAUGAACUCUAACCUCAAUCCAGAACCUUAAUAAUCGACUUACUGUAAUCCACCUGUCUCUCCACAUCCACACACAGAACCUGAACCAGAACCCACGCACGCUGUUGCCUAAGUUCUACGGCUUAUACUGCAUCCAGUCUGGAGGCGUCAACAUCCGGCUGGUGGUGAUGAACAACGUGUUGCCGCGCUCCGUCAAGAUGCACUACAAGUACGAUCUGAAGGGCUCAACCUACAAGAGACGUGCCUCCAGGAAGGAGAGGGAGAAGGCCUGUCCCGUCUACAAGGACUUGGACUUCCAGGACAUGCAUGAAGGGCUCUACUUCGACGCUGAAACAUACAAUGCCCUGAUGAAGACCCUACAGAGAGACUGCCGGGUAGGUGUGGACUCGGACAGGUGUGUGUCUCUGUUCAUCCGUCUGUCAGUCCGACUGUCGAGUCGGGCUCAAGCUCCGACCUUGUGGUGGGGCCUGGCGAAGCUGUGCUACAACACUGUCUUGAGUACCAAGAAAAGCAGAUUACACAGCUGGUUUGAAUGUUAUGUCAUUUAAACUUCCCGAGUCAUCCCAGUAUUGCAACACAUCUUAGCAAACACAUUGCAGAGGCAGUUUAACAAAACAAAGCAGAUUCCUCACAUUCUUUCAGUAUUGUAUACAGUUUAUGGAGAGUCAUUCUGGCUUUUCCAGUCAUGCUAGAAUUAGAAACUAGAAGUACUAUCAGAUGAGAAGGCUCAAUUGAUAGCACUAUCUGUAAGCUCAUCUCUAUGGUCUGCUCUUUUCAUUCCCAAACUCUGGACUUGUGAUGUCAUCCCUUGGACAUUGGGUCAGAUGCCAGAAGUAGGAAAGGACACAGAUUGUAUUUGUAGCUGGACUCACUCUGUCUAUGGGAAAUCAGUAACCUCUCCCAUUCAAACAAGAUACUCUGCACUCAGUACACACGCUCAAAUAGUAUACACUGCAUACACGUACACACAGCUACAGUUGAAGUCGGAAGUUUACAUACACCUUAGCCAAAUACAUUUAAACUCAGUAUUUCACAAUUCCUGACAUUUAAUCCUAGUAAAAAUUCCCUGUCUUAGGUCAGUUAGGAUCACCACUUUAUUUUAAGAAUGUGAAAUGUCAGAAUAAUACUAGAGAGAAUUAUUUAUUUAUAGGUCCCAUGGUGUUUAUACUUGCGUACUAUUGUUAGUACAGAUGAACGUGGUACCUUCAGGCGUUUGGAAAUUGCUCCCAAGGAUGAACCAGACUUCUGGAGGUCUAAAAAAAAAUUCGUAGGUCUUGGCUGAUUUCUUUUGAUUUUCCCAUGAUGUCAAGCAAAGAGGCACUGAGUUUGAAGGUAGGCCUUGAAAUACAUCCACAGGUACACCUCCAAUUGAUUCAAAUGAUGUCAAUUAGCCUAUCAGAAGCUUCUAAAGCCAUGACAUCAUUUUCUGGAAUUUUCCAAGCUGUUUAAAGGCACAGUCAACUAAGUGUAUGUAAACUUCCGACUUCAACUGUACACACACGCAUGUACACUAAUGCAAGUAUGCACGCACGCACAUGCGCCACACCCACACACACUCUCUCUCCACUCUUCCACUUCAUACUCUGCCACAUUGUAUACAAGCCCAGAACAGUGUGUGUGUGUGUGUGUGUGUGUGUGUGUGUGUGUGUUUGUAGGGUUGGACAGAGUGUUUUGAGAAAGAGGACUGUGUGUUUCUGCAGCGUUGGGCACUGGGACUGUGUGUUUCCACUGUGGGUUCAUUGGGAGCUCUGAGCUCUGUUCAGUUCCAUGACAGCUCUCAAAACACUGAAUGUGAUUAAGAAAUGUUCCCAGCAGCGUGAGAGAGAGAAAGUAAGAGAGAGCACCAGUCUAAAGAUAGGAGUCCAAUCUGAGGCUGCAUUCCUGUCUAUUUCAGAUUGGCCUGUCUAAUCUAGUGAAGUAGUGGGAUCAGAGCUAUUGUUUAACAGAACACCACAACUCUGCUCUGAGCCAGGAGCCAGGAGCUACUUUACCACUCCUAAAAUAUACAUAGAACAAACAGGACCACAACAAGUCAACCUAGAGAACUAUAGGCCUACGGCACUACUAUGCUGUACACUGAGUCUACUAAACAUUAAGAACACCUGCUGUUUCCAUGACAUAGACUGACUGACCAAGUGAAUCCAGGUGAAAGCUAUGAUCCCUUAAUGAUGUCACUUGUUAAAUCCACUUCAAUCAGUGUAGCUGUAGGGGAGGAGACAGGUUGAAGAAGGAUUUUUAAGCCUUGAGACAUGGAUUGUGUAUGUGUGCCAUUCAGAGGGUGAAUGGGCAAGACAAAAGAUUUAAGUGCCUUUGAAUGGGGUAUGUUAGUAGUUGCUAGGCGCACCGGUUUGUGUCAAGAACUGCAACGUUGCUGAGUUUUUCACGCUCAACAGUUUCCUGUGUGUAUCAAGAAUGGUCCACCACCUAAAGGACAUCAACUCAAUAUUAGGAAAGUGUUCCUAAUGUUUGGUAUACUCAGUGUAUAUCUAUCUUAUAUAUCAAUGUUGUCAUUGUGUUCUGUCAUUGUGCUCUGCUUAAACCUACACUACCUGAUUGUAAAUGGAAAAUUGGUUGAUUGAUUGAAAACACGUAAUCAAUCAUAAUGUGGACUGUCACAGAUCAAAUGGAUGGUGAUCACAUAAUCAUUGACAAUGGUGAAUAGUCUUAUUCAGCUAUUAUUAUACAGUAUAGUUCUUACAUUACCCUAUGUACUGUACAUAACCCUGGCCUUCUGUGCUAGCUCAGAGGGGAUGACGGCACAUAUCUCAUGUGGGAGAAGGAUGAAGUUGCCCCUAGGCACUGAUCUAAGGUCAUUUUAGCAUUUUCAACAGUUAAGUUACAGUUAGUAUAUGUGGAGGGUUAGCUGAUCCUAGAUAUGUGCCUAGGGAAGGACAACUUUAAACCAGAAGCUGUUAGCCCUAUGUUGUGACAGUGUGUGUGUUGUCCCUGACAGAGAGAGCAUGGUAGUGUUCCCCUGUCUGUCUGUCUCCUGACACGGGGUGCUUCACUCUGUCUCCAACCAGGAUGUAGACAUCAGGAAGUAGACCAGGAACAGGAAGGAAGACACACCUCCUGUUUAAGGUAUCCAACCUUUGAAAACGUGGAAACGUUACAGCCUACGAUGUGAUUGUCAAGGGCAUUUGUUUUACUCCCCCAUAACAACAUUAUGGCUUCUGUGAACCAGGUUUAGGUACUUUCAUUUUAUCAGAGACUCUGAGAUUAGCAAAACGGAGCUGUUUUUCAACAGCAAACGACAAGUGGUGAUUUAAUGAAUGGAGUUAGUCUGCAUGAGUAACAUGGUGUUGUGGGUAUAUAUAGGCCUGUUUGGUAACAGGCAGUCCUGUGUGUUUCUGAUGACUCCCCUUUGGGACACCGCCUGGAGUCACGCCUUGAUGGCUUUGGCUGCUAUAGCUGGCUGAUUCAUCUCCUCUGCUCUCCUUGUGUUUGUUAACUAAACUCACACACUCCUCAAUGUUGACUUUCUAUUAGCUCAGAAUGGUGAAGAGGGGAUAACAGUGGUUUACAGAUAGGGCUGUGAUGGUCACCGUAAUAACCAUUGGAAUAGCGGUUAUUUUAUUUUCAUGAUGGUCUUUAUCCAUAACUGUCGGUUACACGGUUAGGCUGUAAUUGCGCCAGCCCUAUUCACAGACACUCUAAGAUGGCCUCUUGUUUGAAGUCUUUUAGAGGACCUCUGUCUCUCUGUCCCUCCCUAUCUCUUUCUUCUCUCACUUCCUCUGUACUUCAAAGUAUAAAGGGAACAGUGUUUCAUGCAGGUCAUUAGUGCUCCAGGGCCAGGUUUCAUAAUGACUGUGUCUGUUUGGGGGGGGGGGACUGUGUCUGUCUGUGUGGACAGUGGGGCUGUGUCUGUCUGUUUGGGGGGGGGGGACUGUGUCUGUCUGUGUGGACAGUGGGGCUGUGUCUGUCUGUUUGGGGGGGGGGGGGGGGCUGUGUCUGUCUGUGUGGACAGUGGGGCUGUGUCUGUCUGUUUGGGGGGGGGGGGGGGCUGUGUCUGUCUGUGUGGACAGUGGGGCUGUGUCUGUCUGUUUGGGGGGGGGGGGGGGUCUGUCUGUGUGGACAGUGGGGCUGUGUCUGUCUGUUUGGGGGGGGGGGGGCUGUGUCUGUCUGUGUGGACAGUGGGGCUGUGUCUGUCUGUUUGGGGGGGGGGGGGGGGGGGGGGGGGGUCUGUCUGUGUGGACAGUGGGGCUGGAGCACAGUGUCUUUGACAUCAUGAAUCUGACACAAUAUUUGUUUUUGAGACGCCUCCUUGUGUAAAUGUUUUCUUAUUUUGUAGUUUUUUCAGUAGGGAGAGUUGUUAAGAGACAUAAAUACAUUCUGUAACUAUAACCCAGAACAGAAGUUCAGCAUGAGACCUCUUUAAAUGUUUAACGCUAGUGAGCUGUGUGUGUGUCUGAGCAGUGGUUGUACUGUAAGUGACUGGACUGUAGCUAGUUUGUUAUUGUCACGGCUUCCUGCUUUCCCCUCCUGAGCGGUAAGCAAAGUGCCCCCUAAGCAGAAUCUCUGUCCGUUUCCAUGAGUAAGCAGUAAACCCCUAGCCCCAGAGCCUGCUGCAGCACCGAAAAACAGGAGAGGGGGAUAGAGGGGGAUCGAGAGGGACAUGUGAGGGGGAGGAAGAGGUUAGGGUUGUAAGGAGAUUCAGCCAGGGUAUGGAGGGGAGGUAAGGGGUGAGUUGAGAGAGGGAGACCAGGAAGUUUCUGCUGCUGUAUGUGGGUCACUGAGGGAAAUGUAGAGUACUUUUUCCCUCCUCUCCAUCUCACAGCAGCUCCCUCAAUGCCCUCCAUAUGGCGAAUGAACUAAGAACAUGAAUAAACCAUGCCCAGUGCUAUGACUAGAACGAGAGAGGGAGAGAGAAGAUGGAGGGAGGGAGGGAGAGAGAGGGGAGGGAGGGAGGCAUGCAGACAGACACAGCUUGAGGGCCAUUGUUUAGACUCUAUCUUGUAACAGAGAGCAAUGUAAUUGUCACUGCAUGGCUAGGCUCUGAGAUGUUGUUGAGGUCUGUUUGUGACUAGGGCAGUGGGACGUGGAGUGGCAUUUAGCUUGAUGUCUGAAAAGGUUUUUGUCUGGGAAUCCCCCUAUUAAUUUGAGACAGAAACAAACACGUACGCUCACAUGCACACAUACAAGCAUACACGCACGCACACACAAAGGGGCCGGAUUAAUGCAGGGGCUUACCGGGGCUGAAGCUCCUGGGCCCAAGCCCGUGGGGGGUCCAAGAUGCAGCAAAAAAAAAGAAGGAAAUAUAUACUGUAUAUAAUAAACUGUAUAAUAACUGCAUAAUGUGACUGGUCAAUUGUGUGAGUCAGGGGCUGGGCCCAAGCCCGUAGGCUGGGCCGCAAGAGGCAAUGUUCAAAAUACAACAGAGAGCAUCAUUUAGCCACAGAGGAUCAAUAGUUUAUAAAAUCAUUACUGUGGAUUAAGUUUUAUCACAAGAACAUUCAGGUAUCUGCCAAAAUAAAGGAAACACCAACAUAAAGUGUCUUAACGAUUUCUUAAUCCCUGCACAAACACACACAGAAUGGUUGGGAUUUGUUUUCUUCUCAUAAUUGUUAUAGAACUCGAGGCGAGUCAUGUUGUCCGACAAAAACAACCUUUUAUGGGUCCCCCUCUCCUCCUGCCAUGUCAUGUGAUUCUGUCAUUCCAUUGGACAUGACAGGGACAACAAUGCCCUCUCUCACAAAACCAAUCAAACCACGGCUGAUCUCAAAUGACACCCUAUUCCCCAUGUAGUGCUCUACUUUGGCUACCUAACAUAAAAAACAUAUGGAAAGUCAUUGAAUUGGAAAUGGUAACAUGGAAUGGAGACACUACAUGAAAUGUCAAUGUAAAAGCUGAGAAAUGUAAUUAUUUUAAGGACACUCCUCACCUCUAAAAAACCAAAAUCUAAAACUGACCCUUACCUUAACCUUAACCAAACCCUAAGCCUAACCUGAUUUUAACCAAUUCUGAAAUUAAAUAUCGGUUUGCAGGUCAGGAGUGUCCGUAUAGCCUUUUCCGAGCAGGUUGGUGUGUGGCUCUAUUCAAAAUGGUUGCCUUUGAAAAGGACGGGGGAGUCAGGAGGAAGGGAUGCAAAUCAGAGACAUGGAAAAGGCAAAGCUCGAACAAGAGCACAAGUGUUUAUUCUGAAUGUGUGUGUUUGUGUGGCUGUGGCUGUGUGUGUGUGUGUGUGUGUGUGUGGCUGUGUGUUUGUGUGGCUGUGUGUGUGUAUGUUUGUGUGUGUGUGUGUGUGUAUGGCUGUGUUUGUGUGGCUGUGUGUGUUUGUGUGGCUGUUUGUGUGGCUGUGUGUGUUUGUGUGGCUGUGCGUGUGUGCUUGUUCGUGAUUUGCAAAGUCAUAAAAGGACACUAAAUAACUAAUGAACCAUGAUAUUCCUUAGUCUGUUUUCUACUAGCCAGUUCCAUAUAACGGAUAAUGAUGGCUGAGUCUGUUAUGGUGCCCUAUGCUCUUUAUAGUGCACUACUUUUGAACUAGUGAAUAGGGUGCCAUUUUGGACGUUCACGAUGUUGGAAAUACGGUUUACGGAAUCCAACUGAGAGCAGACUCUAGGGGUUACGAUGACGAUCAUGAUGACCAUUCCUGUAAUUUUUACGUCUGCGUUCAAGCCGCAUUUGUCUGGGUGUUCCACAUUAUGACAGACUUUCCACAACCUGCUGUUUCCUUCCCUGUUCCUGCUUUUUGUUUCUUGUUGUCAUCUCUCAGACAGACACAGACAGACAGACAGACAGACAGACAGACAGACAGACAGACAGACAGACAGACAGACAGACAGACAGACAGACAGACAGACAGAGAUUGCUAUUUUUGGAUGUUUUGGGGAUUGCUACACUAAUGCUUAGAAUGAGAAGAUUCAAUCAGGCAAACUAGAUGAUCAGAUUUGCAUCCAAAAUAAGCUAAUCUUAUUAUGUCUGAAGGCAUUAUAAAAAGGAUGACUUUCCACAUAUCAAGCAAGCAAGCCCACGUCCACACACACACACUCUCAUUUUGCAUGCAAAAGCACUUCCAGCAAGGCUAAACCCACCCUGCAUUGGUACUCAGAGGCCUGACUGCGCCCUUGACCCCAUUUUCAGAUUGUGUUUCUUGAGACCCCUCUGGUGUCAUGUGAUUGUUCCAUUUGAGCAGUGAGAGGAAACCUGGGGCCUGAGAAACCCUGGGAGCAGACGGGCAGAAGGCCCCUCACACAGGUCAAUGUGUAAUACAUGACUCAACUGUCACACCUUUGUUUAUAAACUGUAGCUCAAGUGUCGGUUACAGAAAGGUUUCUUAAAUUCUUUCUGGUGUUUGAGGCACCAAUCUUCAGGGUAAUGAAAAUGCUUAGCGUAGCGGUUACAUGACACACUUUGCACUUUUCAGGUCUGUGUAACUAAAUCCUCCGGUCUACAGAGUAGAAUGGAAUAUAAUAUCACUAUUGCCUAUUUAUCUUGGGUCACACAGAAAUAUGGGUCACACUUUUGUUUAAAAUGCACACAGCUGUGUCUGAUAUGGGUCAGUUUCCGGACUUAGAGCAAGGCCAACACAGCUCCAACUGUUUUUCCACUCUUUGCUAGCCUAUGGGUUGUUUUGAUGUUGUUUCAGAUUAUGUUAAUUAACCAUGUGGUUUCAUGUUGUGUGCUGCAGGUGUUGGAGAGCUUUAAGAUCAUGGACUACAGUCUGCUUCUGGCCGUGCAUGUCCUGGACCAGAGUCCGAAAGAGGGCGGCGAGCCGGGUCAGGCAGGGGGGGACGGCAAGCGGCCCGUGGCCCAGAGGGUCCUCUACUCCACAGCCAUGGAGUCUAUCCAGGGGGACGGCAAGGCUGCCGAGGCCCACACCACAGACGACACGUGAGUCAGCUCACCUCAGUCAUACUGCCCAUACACAUUCAAAGAUAAACACACGAACAGUACACAAUCAUAUACAGUUGAAGUCGGAAGUUUACAUACACUUAGGUUGGAGUCAUUAAAACUCGUUUUUCAACCACUCCACUAAUUUCUUGUUAACAAACUAUAGUUUUGGCAAGUCGGUUAGGACAUCUACUUUGUGCAUGACACAAGUAAUUUUUCCAACAGUUGUUUACAGACAGAUUAUUUCACUUAUAAUUCACUGUAUCACAAUUCCAGUGGGUCAGAAGUUUACAUACACUAAGUUGACGGUGCCUUUAAACAGCUUGGAAAAUUCCAGAAAAUGAUGUCAUGGCUUUAGAAGCUUCUGAUAGGCUAAUUGACAUCAUUUGAGUCAAUUGGAGGUGUACCUGUGGAUGUAUUUCAAGGCCUACCUUCAAACUCAGUGCCUCUUUGUUUGAUAUCAUGGGAAAAUCAAAAGAAAUCAGAAAAGACAAACAAUAGUCCGCAAUAGUACGCAAGUAUAAACACCAUGGGACCACGCAGCCGUCAUACCGCUCAGGAAGGAGACGUGUUCUGUCUCCUAGAGAUGAACGUACUUUGGUGCGAAAAGUGCAAAUCAAUCCCAGAACAACAGCAAAGGACCUUGUGAAGAUGCUGGAGGAAACAGGUACAAAAGUAUCUAUAUCCACAGUAAAACAAGUCCUAUAUCGACAGAACCUGAAAGACCGCUCAGCAAGGAAGAAGCCACUGCUCCAAAACCACCAUAAAAAAGCCAGACUACGGUUUGCAACUGCACAUGGGGACAAAGAUCAUACUUUUUGGAGAAAUGUCCUCUGGUCUGAUGAAACAAAAAUAGAACUGUUUGGCCAUAAUGACCAUCGUUAUGUUUGGAGGAAAAAGGGGGUUGCUUGCAAGCCGAAGAACACCAUCCCAACCAUGAAGCACGGGGGUGGCAGCAUCAUGCUGUGGGGGUGCUUUGCUGCAGGAGGGACUGGUGCACUUCACAAAAUAGAUGGCAUCAUGAGGAAGGAAAAUUAUGUAGAUAUAUUGAAGCAACAUCUUACGACAUCAAUCAGGAAGUUAAAGCUUGGUCGCAAAUGGGUCUUCCAAAUGGACAAUGACCCCAAGCAUACUUCCAAAGUUGUGGCAAAAUGACUUAAGGACAACAAAGUCAAGGUAUUGGAGUGGCCAUCACAAAACCCUGACCUCAAUCCUAUAGAAUAUUUAUGGGCAGAACUGAAAAAGCGUUUGCAAGCAAGGAGGCCUACAAACCUGACUCAGUUACACCAGCUCUGUCAGGGGGAAUGGGCCAAAACCCGAAACGUUUGACCUAAGUUAAACAAUUUUAAAGGCAAUGCUACCAAAUACUAAUUGAGUGUAUGUAAACUUCUGACCCAUUGGGAAUGUGAUGAAAGAAAUAAAAGCUGAAAGAAAUAAUUCUCUCUACUAUUAUUCUGACAUUUCACAUUCUUAAAAUAUAGUGGUGAUCCUAACUGAUCUAAGACAUGAAUUUUUACUAGGAUUAAAUGUCAGGGAUUGUGAAAAACUGAGUUGAAAUGUAUUUGGCUAAGGUGUAUGUAAACUUCUGACUUCAACUGUACAUAGUAAUAGUUUGAUGACAUUUAAACGUACUCACAUUCACAUACACUGAAAAAUACAUGGCAAAACUCUUACAAACACUUACAAUGAUCAAAACCCUUAAUGUGUGUCCUGACAACCUGAGAUGCUUUUAAGACUUGAGGUGAAUGUUUGAAGGAUGACUUUGCAGAUAAUCCUGACUGACUACAUUCUGUGAUUGGACCGGUAUUUACUGUGCUGUAUUUCAGGAUGGGUGGAAUUCCUGCCAAAUCACACAAAGAAGAGAAGCUGCUUAUUUUCCUGGGCAUCAUCGACAUCCUGCAGUCCUACAGGUAAAACAUGACUUCAUAACAUGCUAUAACAUGUAUUAUAUUGCAUAAUAUCAUACUAUAAUAUUCUGUAACAUGGAGGGUUUGAUAACCCUCACAGGGUUGUUUUUUCGAUGGGCAUCGUUGCUACCACAGACUAGUUAGCAUUAAAUAGUUUGAUUGAUGGAUAUCAAACAACCACUCCCCUGGGUCCUUAAAGCAUCCUUUUCUAUCCAACUCUGUUAAAAAGGGUUCUGUAGAUAUCAGUCUUUCCUAUUCACUCUGGUGAAGCAUUGAUUUUCUGUCCCAAUGCGGGGAGUGAGGGAGAGAGAAGAGGUAGGAAGAGGGGAAAAAGAGAGAGAGAAAGAGAGAGAAGCUCCUCUGUGUGACAAGCCUCUUGGGUCAGAGAGACAGAAGUGUCCCUAAAGCUUGUCCCCUGUUCCCCUGUCCAUAUCUCAGCAUCUCUAAGCUGACCUCAGGACCUAGCUGUCAGUAUCUUGGUUGGGGAGUUACAUAAUGAACACAAUGUAAUGGAUAGCUUCAUAUUGUUCCCCAUAUAUAUUUUCAUCUUAAUCCUCUUCCCUUGCCAACUGUUUGCUUUCUUCAGUCCAUCAAUUACAGUGUAAAAUGUAACUAGAAUGGGAGCAUAUUACGUAAUAUUAAACUGCUGUGGUUCCUGUUCUGUCUUUGGUGUCAAGGGGAAGCAUCUCAGGUUUUGGGUGAUGGGGCUUGGUGGGGGGGUUGGGUUUGUUGCAUAACAAGCUCCGUUUGUUACAAGGCUUCUUGUUCCCCCCUCAGAUUCAUUAAGAAGUUGGAACACUCAUGGAAAGCCCUGGUCUACGACGGCGUAAGUUGAUAUGCUGCACAUCUGAUACGUGUGUCCUUCUGAAUACACACCAUUCAUAGGUUCCAUUCUUAUUGAUCUCAAAUAGCCUUCUCUGAUAAAAGCCUGUAUUGUCUUCUGUUCUGUCCUCAGGACUCUGUCUCUGUGCACCGGCCUGGUUUCUAUGCCAACCGAUUCCUCAAGUUCAUGAGCACUUCGGUGUUCCGGAAGACUCAGAGUAAGUCUGCUGGCUUCUGUUACUCAGUCCCCUAUGACAGGGAAACAUUUAUGUUAGGACUUAAACUGUCACACAUGCCAGGCACUGGGACCAGAAAACAAGGGUAAUGGUAAAAAGGGUAUGAGGGCUGACUCAGAUACUGAGACUACAAUAACACUACAUCGGUGUGUCACGGACAGUUUAGUCAACUGUAAACUAUUGGUAAUGUUUGUACAGAUUGAUGUGUUAGUCACCUGCAAUAGCAGGUGAUUGUGGAGUGGAUAUGAUUGAUAGACACUGUAGGUUAUUAUGUUACAGUCAUAUCUUGAUGUAAUAGAAUAUAUAACAUAACGAUGUUGUUUAACUAGGACUCACUGAACAUUCCAGUAAAUAUAGGGAUAUCCACUGUGUUGAAGGCAACAAAACAGCUGUGUUGAUGUACAGUAUACAUUUAUCCUGUGAGAGGAAGUGAUUGUGUGUUACCAGUUUGUUAUGUGGAUGAUCCAGUUACACAUGCACACUGUUGUCAGUCAAUUAAAUAGGUCAGGUUUCAAACCCUCCCUCAGCUCCUCUCGCUGUGCUUUCAGCUUACGCUGACAUACUGAUAUAGAUUCUUGACAUUGAUUCUCAAUAUAUAAUAAACUGUAUACCAUUAAGCAGAUGCUUUUAUCCAAAGCGACUUACAGUAAUGCAUAUAUUUAUGUAGUUGCAUAUUUUAGUAGUUCUGUUCUGCCUUUAGUACUUUUACCAAACAGAAUAAUAUUCCCAGAAAUAGCUUGUUGUUAUCAGAGAGGUGUUUAGUUUCGCCCUAUUAACAGGACUCUAUGGUUGCCCUCUGCCCUCUGCCCUCUGUUUCGGGUGGUGGCCAUGCCAGCCCCCCAGUGGGGGUAAUUUAGGAACCCACCCAAGUGGCUGAAGCCCUUCUCAUUUCAGGGUUUUGACUUGUGGAAUGUUUCAAGAUGAAAUAAAGCAGUGUGCAAUGCUGAUUUAAUGAAGAUGGUUUCUGCAAUGAUUUGGGAUUUAGCUGCUUGGUGUUAUUAUGGCAAUGCUUCUGCACAGUUAGAUAUAAUGGGGAGGGGAGAGGAUUUCAUGCUCUGCUUGGGAGUCAGAAUGGAACGUCUGGGGGACAGUUGCAUAAUGAUCAUUAUGCGUUAACAGUUUGAUAAUUUUACUGCUAAUUUGGGACAGAUGUUUCAAGCUUGAUUAUGCACGAUAAUGGUUGCAAUCAGGGUAAUCUGUUCCCUCCAUCUCUCCCUCUUUCUCUCUUGCUCUACCCUCACUCUCUCCCCUACCCCCCUCACUCUCACCCCUACCCCCCUCACUCUCACCCCUACCCCCUCACUCUCACCCCUACCCCCCUCACUCUCACCCCUACCCCCCUCACUCUCACCCCUACCCCCUCACUCUCACCCCUACCCCCUCACUCUCACCCCUACCCCCUCACUCUCACCCCUACCCCCUCACUCUUACCCCUACCCCCCUCACUCUCUCCCCUAACACCUCACUCUCUCCCCUACUCCCUCACUCCUACCCCCUUACUCUCUCCCCUACACGCUGUCCUUUUCUCUUCCCCAACCACUUGUUUCUCUCUCCCUCUCUCCCCAUCCCACUUCCCUCUCCCUCUCUCUGUCUCUCUGCAGCCAUUCGGUUCUCCCCCUCUAAGAGGACUCGUACGUCCAUCCCUGCUCUGAAGUCGUCCUCUCAGGAGAUCCUGUCUUCUCAGAAGGAAGAGAAUGAGGAGGAGAGGAGGGACCGGCUGGGAGGAGCACGCAGUCUGGCCAGUCUAGACGGACAAGGUAGACCAGCACACUAUUAUCAAUCAUCCACACAUUAAUGUGUUGUAUUUCCCAUUGGAGGUUGAGCCAAAAGCACCAGAGAGAAGUCACUUACGCUUCCCAGAUCUGUCAAUUAGACCACACCUCUCGUUAUGUCUGGAUCGAUGGGCCUUUUAGAACCACUUGGUCCCCAUAAACUGGUCCUUCAGUAGUGCCAUAAAACACUGUCCUCUCCACCUCAAGCCCUCACUGAAAUGUUGCCUCACCGGAAAGAAAACACAGUCUGUAUCCUGUUAUUAACAGCCAGUCCUCCUAUCUCAUCUCUCGCUCUCUCUCUCUGUAUGUCUCUCUCUGUCUCUCGCUCUGUCUCUCCCUCUCUCUCUCUCUGUCUCUCUCUGUGUGUGUCUGUGUGAGUGAUUGAGUUAGCGUUAUCAAUGUAAACUCUCUCUCUUUGUCUCUUGAGGAGCCAUUAUCAGGCCCUGACUCCAGUGGCUGGGGUGUAUAUGGCUAGCUGGGUUAGAAUCAGGCCCUGACUCCAGUGGCUGGGGUGUAUAUGGCUAGCUGGGUUAGAAUCAGGCCCUGACUCCAGUGGCUGGGGUGUAUAUGGCUAGCUGGGUUAGAAUCAGGCCCCUGUCCGCAGUAGUCCCUCAGCUUCAUGACUCUUCCUCUACGACAGGACUGCCCAACCCUGUUCCUGGAGAGCUACCGUCCUGUAGGUUUUUGCUCCAACCCUAAUCUAGCACACCUGAUUCCAAUAAUUAGCAGGUUGAUAAGAUGAAUCAGGUUAGUAACACUUGGGGUUGGAGCGAAAACCUACAGGAGGGUAGCUCUCCAGGAACAGGGUUGGGCAACCCUGCUCUACGGUAACACCACUGUUGGCCAAUAUUACAGGAAGAGAUGAGGUUGCGGACUUCUGAAUAAGAGAGAGAGAAGUCUUAGUUCAUAUUGCAACAUAGCUUCUUUAGUUUAUAUGAAAUAUUCUUUUAACUAAACAGCACUCUUGUACACUUUCUAUGUCCAACCAUCACAUAACAUACCAUAAAGACAUUUUAUAGAUUUUACAGUUUCAUUUUCAAUAGCUUACUCUACAAAUUCUAGUUAACCAAUUCUACGCAUACCUUCGGUCUGGUUAGCAAACCCUAUUUUGAGGGACAAAAGGUUAUUGUAGGGACACUUACAUAAUAAUUUUAUGCACAAUACAUAAUUGUUUUAUCUCAUCUAAUUAGACUAAAUCAAACACACAUGUUCUGUCCUGUAGCUUUGACAUCUGGUCUGUACUGUAUGUCUUUAGAUCACAUGUUUUAAAUUAAUAGUACAGCACAAGCACCCAGGACUUUGUCCUUGCCCUAUAACAUCUGCAUACUCUUUGGUGGUUUAGGCCCAGGUUGCUGUUAUACAAAUAAGGUUAAUAAUACAUUGACUGACUGAAGGCAUUAGUGGCUUUGUGUGCAUCUCUGUGAGCUUAUAGCUUUGCGUGUAUCUCUCAGUGAGGUCCUGGCUUUGCGUGUAUCUCUCAGUGAGGUCAUGGCUUUGUGUGUAUCUCAGUGAGAUCAUAGCUUUGUGUGUAUCUCUCAGUAAGGUCAUGGCUUUGUGUGUAUCUCUCAGUGAGGUCAUGGCAUUGUGUGUAUCUCUCAGUGAGGUCAUGGCUUUGUGUGUAUCUCUCAGUGAGGUCAUGGCUUUGUGUGUAUCUCUCUGUGAGCUCAUAGCCUUGUGUGUAUCUCUCAGUGAGGUCAUGGCUUUUUGUGUAUCUCUCUGUGAGGUCAUGGGUUUGUGUGUGUUUCUCCCAGUGUUUGGCUCCUACCUGUGUCCUGACCUAGUCCCUGCCACCCCGUCCUCCUACGAGGGCUCCUCCAUGGGAACCAUCUCCUCCUCCUCCAUCUUUGUCAACCUGGAGACCAAGUCUGAAGACAGGUACCUCUCUCUCCCCUCCAUGUCUCCCUUCCAUCCCUCUACCUGGAGACUGUUUCCACUAUACCCUCCAUCCCUCUACCUGGAGACUGUUUCCUCUAUCCCCUCCAUCCCUCUACCUGGAGACUGUUUCCUCUAUCCCCUCCAUCCCUCUACCUGGAGACUGUUUCCUCUAUCCCCUCCAUCCCUCUACCUGGAGACUGUUUCCUCUAUCCCCUCCAUCCCUCUACCUGGAGACUGUUUCCUCUAUCCCCUCCAUCCCUCUACCUGGAGACUGUUUCCUCUAUCCCCUCCAUCCCUCUACCUGGAGACUGUUUCCUCUAUCCCCUCCAUCCCUCUACCUGGAGACUGUUUCCUCUAUACCCUCCAUCCCUCUACCUGGAGACUGUUUCCUCAAUCCCCUCCAUCCCUCCACCCAGGACCCCUUCCACUUCUACCUGUCCUCUCAAAGGCCCAAUAAUAAAUUGGUUAUAUUUACACUCUUGUGUAAAUAUUGGCAACAAUGAUUUUGACCUGGGACACCAGGUGAGUAAACAAUUGAGCUAAUCAGUGACUAAACCAACAAACCCUCCAGAUCAGAUCACCAGCAGGGCCCCUGAGUUGAUCAGCCCUGCCUGCCAUAGGGAUUCCCCUGAGGGGAGAGUGCAAGGGUGGAGAGUAGAAAGUAAAUAAUAACCGGUGAAAUCACUGAGCUACCUGUUGUGAUGACAAGCCACAUGGAACAGGUUACUCAGAGUCCUCAGGCUUUGUGACAGCAUGUUAUACACUAGAGAUAGAUACCCAGGAAGAGCCAGGAAAGCCCUCACUGGACAUUUAUUCACAGUGCUCAACCGACAUCCAGUUCAGAUGCAGUGUGCAGUCCAUAAACCAUGGACUUUAAAUUCUAACCUCCCUCUAGAAAGAACUGUUUAUUUUCCUCUCAUCUCUCCCCCCAGCUCUCUCUCUGUCUGUCUGUUCAGUAGGAUCAGGUUCUAACCCUAACUGUUAGCCUCCAUUGUGAGGCCUGCCUGGUCUUGUUCCCUUCUCGGGCACCUGUCUGUUGCCCUCGAUUCGUCUAUCAAUGUGUUUCAUUAAUAUUUGACUGAAGGCUUUCAGAAGGUCUGAUUAAGAGGCAUUGUUAGAAGAGUGUAAUUUGCUGCCAGGGUGACUUGUUCUGUGUAUGUAGAUAAUCCCUUUUCUAAGGUGUGUGUGUGUGCAUGCAUGCAUGUCACCUUUUAAGAGGGGUAGGCAAUAACAUGCCAUAAAAUGGUAAACACAUUCUUGAAUUUAAGCAAAGUCAGGAGACAGCUGACAUGCAUCAAGGAAAUGGCCUGUUUCAGAUGUACGCCAGCCCCCAGUGCCCCCUGCUGUUCACACGAUGCAGUGUUUUAGUCCAGUAAAGGAGUUCCACAUAAAACAGAAUGUCCCAGAAUUCCCUUCCCUGAAUUAGCUUAUAUCCUGUUUGUAAGUUUUUAGAUAUUAACUUCCCAUAGAGACCUCUAGUCUACAGCCAGACAUCAGACACACACAGCCAGACUGGUUUCCCUCUCUGUUUACUCGAAGGGGGUUUCAUCUGGCUGUCUUUUUCAUGUUGGAUUCUUUAAUUUGCCAUGCAGUUAGUAGUGCACUAUGGUCAAAAUAAGUGCACUAUGUAGGGAAUAGGGUGCCAUUUGGGACACAUUUUGUAUAUCUACUUAUGUGUGUUUCUUGUUCUCCUGUGUCCCCUCAGAGAUGACAUGGCGUCCAGCUCAACAUUCACCCUUGAGGACAGCGCCAUCUGUUUGACGUCAGAGCAGAGCACCAUGGAUGUAGAG